AUUGAUCGUGAUUUUAAACAUGUUGCAGAAGAGAAUACACGAGAUUUGAAUGUUAUACGUUGUACAAAUCGUCCAAAAGCCUAUGAAGAGCUUGAAAGUAUUAAAGCACGUUUAGCUUUAUGUGAGAAAGCAUUGGCAGAAUAUUUGGAAACAAAACGUUUAGCAUUUCCAAGAUUUUAUUUCGUUUCACCCGCUGAAUUAUUGGAUAUUCUAUCAAAUGGCAAUGUACCAGAAAAAGUCAUGCGUCAUCUAAGUAAACUAUUUGAUUCCAUAGCAAGUCUUGAAUUACUUGAGGAUAAACAGGGUAAUAAAAUAAAAGAAGCAGUUGCAAUGUAUUCAAAAGAAUCGGAAAAGGUCGAUUUUCCAUCAUCGUGUGAUCUCAACGGUCAAGUGGAAAGCUGGCUCAAUAGAUUGUUAGAAAAAAUGCGUGAAACAGUCAGAUAUUGGUUAUCAGAAGCAAUCAAUGCUUAUGAAGACAAACCAAGAGAACAAUGGGUAUUCGAUUAUCCAGCACAAAUAGCCUUGACUGGAAGUCAAAUAUGGUGGACGUCGGAGGUGAAUUCAGCAUUUGCUCGCCUUGAAGAAGGUUAUGAAAGUGGAUUAAAAGACUAUUUCAAAAAAGCCGUUGCUCAAUUAAACGCUCUUAUUGAAUUGUUAUUAACCAAUUUACCACCAUUAGAACGACAAAAAAUUGAAACUAUUUGUACAAUUGAUGUACAUGCAAGAGAUGUUGUGGCAAAAAUGGUCCAGGCGAAGAUUGAAAGUGCUAAUGAAUUUCUCUGGCAAUGUCAGUUGCGUCAUCGAUGGGAUGAAAGAGAAAAAGAUUGUUUUGCUAAUAUCUGUGAUGCUCAAUUCCGUUAUGCACAUGAAUAUUUAGGAAAUCAACCUCGAUUAGUUAUUACACCAUUAACAGAUAGAUGUUACAUAACACUAACACAAUCAUUGCAUUUGGUAAUGGGUGGUGCACCUGCAGGACCAGCUGGAACUGGUAAAACGGAGACAACAAAAGAUCUUGGACGAGCAUUAGGUGUGAUGGUUUAUGUCUUUAAUUGUUCGGAACAAAUGGAUUAUAAAUCAAUCGGAAACAUCUACAAAGGUCUCUCACAAACGGGUGCUUGGGGUUGUUUUGAUGAAUUUAAUCGUAUAUCGGUUGAAGUAUUAUCCGUGGUUGCUGUUCAAGUCAAAACUAUUCAAGAUGCUAUCAGAGAUAAAAAAUCACGUUUCAAUUUUAUGGGAACAGAUAUUGCUUUAAAUCCAAAUGUUGGUUUAUUUAUUACAAUGAAUCCUGGAUAUGCUGGUCGUACUGAACUACCAGAAAAUUUGAAAGCCUUGUUUCGUCCAUGUGCUAUGGUCGUACCUGAUAUCGAAAUGAUUUGUGAAAUUAUGUUAGUGACAUCAGGUUUUAAAGAUGGAAAAUUAUUAUCGUGUAAAUUUAUAACAUUGUACAAUUUAUGUAAAGAAUUGUUAUCAAAACAGCAUCAUUAUGAUUGGGGUCUUCGAGCGGUAAAAUCCGUGUUAGUAGUUGCUGGAGCACUAAGACGUGCUGAUCCUGAUCGUCCCGAACGAGAAGUAUUAAUGCGUGCAUUACGUGAUUUUAACAUACCAAAAAUAGUUCACGAUGAUUUACCAAUUUUUAUGGGUUUAAUUGGUGAUUUAUUUCCAGCAUUUGAUGUUCCAAGAAAACGUGAUGUAAAAUUUGAAGAAGAAGUGAAAAAAGCCGCAUUAGAUCUUAAACUACAACCAGAAGAUUCUUUUGUUUUAAAAGUUGUUCAAUUGAAAGAAUUAUUUGAAGUAAGACAUUCAGUAUUUAUUGUGGGAAAUGCUGGAACAGGCAAAAGUCAAAUAUGGAAAACAUUAAAUCGAACGUAUACAAAUCAAAAACGUCGUCCAGUUGCAAUUGAUUUAGAUCCAAAAGCUGUAUCAAAUAAUGAAUUGUUUGGUUUUAUGAAUCCAUCUACGCGUGAAUGGAAAGACGGUCUAUUUUCCACUGUUAUGCGUGAUAUGGCCAAUAUGACACAAGAUGGUCCUAAAUGGAUUGUGCUUGAUGGUGAUAUCGAUCCAAUGUGGAUUGAAAGUUUAAAUACUGUUAUGGAUGAUAAUAAAGUACUUACAUUGGCUAGCAAUGAACGUGUACCGUUGAACGCAACAAUGAGAUUGUUAUUUGAAAUUAGUCAUCUAAGAACAGCAACACCAGCUACUGUCUCCAGAGCUGGUAUUUUGUACAUUAAUCCUCAAGAUCUUGGCUGGGGUGCGCAAGUUGCAUCAUGGAUAGAUCUACGACAAGUUCAAAGUGAACGAGCAAAUUUACAGAUAUUAUUUGACAAAUAUUUACCAAUUUGUAUGGAUAUGUUGAAGUCAAAUCGUUUCAAGAAAAUAACUCCAUUAGUCGAUGGUUGUCAUGUAUGGAUGUUGUGUCAUUUACUUGAAUGUCUACUAACACCAGAAAAUAUGCCACCAGAUUCAUCAAAAGAACAAUAUGAACAAUAUUUUGUGUGGGCAUGUAUUUGGGCAAUGGGUGCUGCUCUGUUCCAGGAUCAACUUACACCUUUAAUAUCGCAUCUUGUUGAUCAUCGAAUUGAGUUUAGUCGUUGGUGGUUAACCGAAUUUAAAACAAUUAAAUUUCCAGUAUUACCCAAUACAACCGUCUUCGACUUUUAUAUUGAUCCAGAAACAAAAAAAUUUGAAUUAUGGAGUAAAAAAGUGCCAAAAUUUGAAUUAGAUCCAGACAUUCCGUUACAAUCUGCUUUAGUACCUACAAAUGAAACGGUUCGAAUUCGAUACUGGAUGGAUUUAUUAAUGGAACGUGGCUAUCCUGUCAUGUUAGUUGGUGGCGCAGGAAGUGGUAAAACUGUCAUUGUUAAUGACAAAUUACAAUCGUUGAAUACAGAAGCAUGGACAGUUGUCAAUGUACCAUUUAAUUAUUAUACAUCAUCGGAAAUGUUACAAGCCAUUCUAGAAAAACCACUUGAAAGAAAAGCGGGAAGAAACUAUGGUCCACCUGGAAGCAAAAAACUCGUUUAUUUCAUUGAUGAUAUGAAUAUGCCUGAAAUGGAUAAAUAUUAUACUGUACAAGCACAUACCAUAUUACGUCAAUAUCUUGAUUAUAAACAUUGGUAUGAUCGACAAAAAUUAACAUUAAGAGAUAUUCACAAUUGUCAAUAUGUUGCAUGUAUGAAUCCGACUGCUGGUAAUUUUACAAUUGAUUCAAGAAUUCAACGACAUUUUGCCGUAUUUGCUGUAUCAUUUCCGGGUCAAGAUUCAUUACGUACAAUUUACAACAGUAUUCUAUCUCAACAUCUAGCUACAUCUCAUAAUGCACCAUUCACUCAAGCUAUUCAACGUUCUGCACCUCAAUUAGUUGAAGGAGCAUUGGCCGUUCAUCAACGUGUAGCAGCCGCAUUUUUACCAACAGCUAUUAAAUUUCAUUAUAUAUUUAAUUUACGUGAUUUAUCUAAUAUAUUUCAAGGUAUUUUAUUUACGACUGGUGAAAGUAUUAAAACUACUCAAGAUUUAAUAAGACUUUAUGUACAUGAAGCAGAACGAGUCUAUGGUGACAAAUUAGUUUCAAUUGAUGAUAUUGAUUCAUUUCAAAAAAUAUUUCGAGAUACAGUCAAAAAAAAUUUUCAAGAUGUUGAUGAAGAAUAUUGUUUUCGACGUCCGUUAAUCUAUACUCACUUUUCUACCGGUAUUGGUGAUCCAAAAUAUAUGCCUAUUAACGAUUGGUCUCAAUUAACUCGAUUGUUACAAGAUGCACUUGACACCUAUAAUGAGGUGAAUGCGGCCAUGAAUUUAGUUUUAUUUGAAGAUGCUCUUAUGCAUAUAUGUCGUAUUAAUCGUAUACUCGAAUCACCACGAGGAAAUGCUCUAUUAGUGGGAGUAGGUGGUAGUGGAAAACAAAGUUUAUCAAGAUUAGCUGCAUCCGUAUCAUCAUUAGAAGUUUUUCAAAUUACUAUUCGAAAAGGUUAUGGAACAUCUGAUUUAAAACAGGAUUUGAAUAAUUUGUAUAUUCGAGCUGGUAUUAAAAAUAUUCCUACCGUAUUUUUAAUGACCGAUGCUCAAGUAGCCGAUGAAAAAUUUUUAGUAUUAAUUAAUGAUUUACUUGCAUCAGGUGAAAUUAAUGGAUUAUUUACAGAUGAUGAAACACAAGAAAUUUUAAAUAGUAUUAAAAAUGAAGUUAAAGCAAUGGGUAUUGAAGAAACAAGAGAAAGUUGUUGGAAAUUUUUUAUUGAUAAAGUUCGACGAAAUUUAAAAAUUGUUCUCUGUUUUUCACCAGUUGGUUCGACACUUCGUAUUCGUGCACGACGAUUUCCAGCUUUGGUUAAUUGUACAAAUAUUGAUUGGUUUCAUGAAUGGCCUGAGAGUGCAUUAAAUUCUGUUGCUAAAAAAUUUAUACAAGAUGUUGAAAGUAUUCCAAAAGAAUAUUAUGAUUCUGUAGCUCAAUUUAUGGCUUAUGUUCAUAGUUCAGUAAAUGAAAUGAGUGUACAAUAUUUGACAAAUGAAAGACGAUUCAAUUAUACAACACCAAAAUCAUUUUUAGAACAAAUUAAUUUAUAUAGAAGUUUAUUACAAACAAAACGACGUGAACAUGAAGAUGGUAUUCUUAGAUUAGAAAAUGGUUUAGUCAAACUUGAAUCAGUGGCAGAUCAAACAGCUAAACUUAAAGAACAAUUAAAAAUACAAGAAGUUGAAGUAACAAAAAAGAAUGAUGAAGCCGAUCGUUUAAUUAAAGUUGUUGAAAGUGAAACAAAAAAAGUUACAGAACAACGUGAAAGUGCGGCUAUCGAAGAAAAAGAAGUUAUUGAAAAAAAACAACGUGUAACAGAAAAACAAGCCGAAUGUGAUCGUGAUUUACAAAAAGCGUUACCAGCGUUAAAAGCAGCUGAUGAUGCUUUAAAUACAUUAAAUCGUACUAAUUUAACUGAAUUAAAAUCAUUUCCAACUCCACCAGCUGCUAUCUUAAAAGUAACAUCAGCCGUUCAAGUACUAUUAGCUCCUCCAGGUAAAGUACCACGAGAUCGUUCUUGGAGAGCAGCAAAAACAAUGAUUGGAGAAGUGGGAGCAUUUUUAAAUCAAUUAUUGAAUUAUGACAAAAAUAACAUACCUGCUACAUCGUUAACAGCUGUUGAAGAAUAUUUACGGGAUCCCGAAUUUAAUCAAGAAGCUAUAAAACGAGUGUCAUUUGCUGCUGCAGGCUUGUGUGAAUGGGCAAGAAAUAUUGUUUCAUAUUAUCGUGUCUAUUGUGAUGUUGAACCAAAACGUCAAGCAGCUGAACAAGCAACAACCGAAUUAAAAGCAACGGAAGAACAAUUUAAUGCAACACAAGCAAAAUUAGCACGUUUACAAGCCACAUUACAAUUACUUACAGAACAAUAUCAAUCAGCCAUGGAUGAUAAAGAACGUUGUCAAAAAGAAGCCGAUCAAACAGCAUACACAAUAAAUUUAGCAAAUCGUCUCGUAGGUGGAUUAGCAUCAGAAAAAGAACGAUGGACAAAUACAAUUCAACAAUUUCAAAUUAUGGGAAAAUUUCUUCCAGGAAAUGUACUAGUAACAACAGCUUAUUUAUCAUAUGUAGGAUAUUUUACUAAAUAUUAUCGAGAAGAAUUAUUAUAUAGACGAUGGAUGCCAUUUUUAAAAGGAUUGAAAACACCAAUACCAGUAGUCGAAAAUUUUGAUCCAUUAUCGAUGCUUAUUGAUGAUGCUGAUAUGGCUGCUUGGAAUAAUGAAGGAUUACCAGCAGAUCGAAUGUCAUACGAAAAUGCAACGAUUUUAACAAAUUGUGAGCGUUGGCCACUGAUGAUUGAUCCACAAUUGCAAGGUGUUAAAUGGAUUCGUAAUCGAUUUGGUGAUAAACUUGUUAUUGUUCGACUCGGAGCAAAAGGAUAUAUGGAAAAAAUUGAACAUGCCAUAUCAUCAGGAGAAACAUUAUUACUAGAAAAUAUUGAAGAAGGAAUCGAAGCCAUUCUCGAUCCUCUAAUUGGUCGUAAUACAAUACGAAAAGGUCGAGCAAUUCGAGUUGGUGAUAAAGAAAUUGAAUAUCAUCCAGACUUCAGACUUAUUCUACAAACAAAAUUAGCUAAUCCACAUUAUAAACCUGAAAUGCAAGCUCAAACAACAUUAAUUAAUUUUACAGUAACAAGAGACGGUUUAGAAGAUCAAUUGUUAGCCGAUGUUGUAGCUCUUGAACGUCCAGAUCUUGAAAAGAGCAAAUAUGAAUUAACAAGACAGAAAAAUGAAUAUAAAAUUCAUUUAAAAAAAUUGGAAGAUUCUCUAUUAGCACGUCUAGCUGCAGCUAAAGGCAAUUUUCUUAGUGAUGUUGCUCUUGUCGAAAAUUUAGAAAAAACUAAAAGUACUGCAAUUGAAAUUGAAGCAAAGAAAAAUGAAGCUGAAAAAACAAGUGAACAAAUUGAUAAAACACGAGAAGUCUAUCGUCCAGCAGCAACUCGUGCAAGUUUACUCUAUUUUAUUAUGAAUGAUUUACGAAAAAUUCAUCCAAUGUAUCAAUUUUCAUUAAAAGCAUUCAAAAUUGUGUUUGUAAAAGCUAUACAAAAGUCAGAAACAAGUGAAGAUGUUAAACAACGUGUAUUAAAUCUGAUUGAUUCUAUUACGUAUAGUACAUCUAUUUAUACUACUCGUGGUCUAUUUGAACAACAUAAACUUAUUUUUACAUCUCAAAUGGUGUUUCAAAUUUUACUAAAUAAUAGGGAAAUUGAAUUAAAAGAAUUAGAAUUUUUACUUCGUUAUCCAGUCGUUCCCAAUCUAGUGAGUCCUGUUGAUUUUUUGAAUGAUUUUUCAUGGGGAGGAAUAAAAGCAUUAUCAACAAUGGAAGAAUUUAAUAAUCUUGAUCGUGAUAUUGAAGGAUCAGCAAAACGUUGGAAAAAAUUUGUUGAGAGUGAAUCGCCUGAAAAAGAAAAAUUUCCACAAGAAUGGAAAAAUAAAAGUGCCUUACAAAAAUUAUGUAUGAUGAGAGCAUUAAGACCAGAUAGAAUGCUUUAUGCAUUAAGUUUAUUUGUCGAAGAAAAACUUGGUAGAAAAUAUGUAGAAAAUCGUACUAUAGAAUUUUCUCGAUCAUUUGAAGAGACAACAAAAGCAACACCCAUAUUUUUUAUUUUAUCACCUGGUGUUGACCCAUUGAAAGAAGUUGAAAGUUUAGGAAGAAAACUUGGAUUAACGACUGAUAAUGGAAAAUUUCAUAAUAUAUCACUUGGACAAGGUUUGCUAGCAUCUCCUAGUCUAAUAUUAUAUGCAUAUUAUAAUAUGUUCUAUUUUUACCGCUUAGGUCAAGAUGUUGUUGCCGAAAAAGCUCUAGACAUCGGCUCAGUAGAGGGCCACUGGAUCGUGUUACAAAAUAUCCAUCUAGUCUCUCGAUGGCUUCCGGCAUUAGAAAAGAAACUUGAGCAAACUGCUGAGAUAGCCAGCGAAGAAUUUAGAGUAUUUCUUUCAGCUGAACCAGCUCCUGAACCAGAAGGACAUGCUAUUCCUCAAGGAAUUCUGGAAUCAGCAAUAAAGAUUACAAACGAAGCCCCAACGGGAAUGUAUGCUAAUCUGCAUAAAGCAUUAGACAAUUUUGAUCAAGAUACCCUUGAACGAUGUUCAAAAGAAAAUGAAUUUAAAUCAAUUUUAUUUGCACUAUGUUAUUUUCAUGCCGUGGUUGCUGAAAGAAGAAAAUUUGGACCUAUUGGAUGGAAUAGGUAUGGUGGUCACAUAACGGAUGAUUGGGAUCGUCGAUUAUGUCGAAAUUAUCUUGAGACCUACAUUAAUCCAGAUAUGUUUGAUGGAGAUCUCUAUUUGGCACCAGGAUUCCAGAUACCUCCAAAUACAGAUUACAAGGGCUAUCAUCAAUACAUCGACGAAUUUUUACCAGCUGAAAGUCCAAAUUUGUAUGGUUUACAUCCAAAUGCUGAAAUUGACUUUUUAACAACAACAUCUGAAAAUCUAUUCAAAACUGUCCUUGAAAUGCAACCAAGAGACACAAGUUUAGGUGCAAGUGAUGGUAGUAUUGUGACUAGUCGUGAAGAAAAAAUUAAAUUAGUCCUAGAUGAUAUUAUGAGUCGUUUACCAGACGAGUUCCUUAUGCCAGAAUUAUUUGCUAAAACUGAAGAAAAAUCUCCGUAUACUGUCGUUGCCUUACAAGAAUGUGAAAGAAUGAAUAUGUUGCUGAAAGAAAUGCGACGAUCGCUAAAAGAAUUAGAUUCUGGUUUAAAGGGUGAACUGACUGUGACGUCUGACAUGGAAGCAUUACAAGAAUCUCUCUAUCUCGAUCAAGUUCCAAAGUCUUGGGAACUACGUGCUUAUCCAAUGUUAUUGCCGUUAAGUUCAUGGUUUGUUGAUUUAUUAAAUCGGUUUAAAGAUUUAGAAUCAUGGACAAGUGAUUUUCAGUUGCCAUAUGCAGUCACAUUAGGUUAUUUAUUCAAUCCGCAAUCAUUUUUAACUGCAAUUAUGCAAACAACCGCACGUAAAAAUGAAUGGCCCCUGGAUCGUAUGUGUCUGAGUGUAGAUAUUACAAAACGAACAAAAGAUGAAUUAGGUGGAGCACCAAGAGAAGGAGCAUACAUUUGGGGAUUGUGUAUGGAAGGAGCAAGAUGGGAUUCACAAACAGGUCAAAUAGCAGAAGCAAAAUUAAAAGAGAUUACUUCUCCUAUGCCAAUUAUUUUUGUCAAAGCUGUACCAGUUGAUCGAAUGGAAACUAAAGGCAUGUACGAAUGUCCGGUAUACAAAAUUAAAACAAGAGGAGCUCAUUUUGUUUGGACAUUUUUCUUGAAAACAAAGGAAAAACCAAACAAAUGGGUUUUAGGUGGCGUAGCAUUAUUAUUACAAAAAUAA